AAUCGCUUAUUGUUGGAAGUGCUUGGCGGCGUCUCCCUUUGAUGUUACAAUUGUUAGAAGCGGUAUCGUUUGAGGGUAGAUGGGCGAGAGGGAACCAGAGAUGAGGCAGAGAGCGCUAGAGAAAGAAGAACCAGGAAAAAGAAAGAAAAGGAAAAGGGAGCUUCAUGGUCAUCACGAUAUGUAUACACUCUGGAGCUUGAUAUGAAGAAAUAGGAAAAUCCGAGUUCAUUUUGCGUUCGAGCGAGUGAGCGGUCGGGAUGUGUGAUGCAAAACGGGAGAGUUUAGAUCGAAAGCUGAAAUCCAUUAACGUACCCAUCUCUUGGAAUCUUAUAUUCCCUGUUCAGAUGUGACGCUCAUGUGAUGUUGGUACAACAGGACUUUGGAAUAAUAAAUUCUUUCGUGGAUAGUUUCAUCCUGGACGAUUCUGUUUAGUUUUCACUCUGGACUGUUUCGGAGUAUACAAAUACCUCAUAGGAGAAAAGGAAUUCAAUCUUGGGCUAGUAGGCCUAUUCAUAGUUCAUACGCUAUCACAUCAGUAACUCACCAACAUGUCAAGAUCAUCAUCCCCUCAGCGACUUCAAACCUUCCUACCUCUCUUCAUCUUUCUCCUCAACCUCAUUGACAACGGGCGCGGACGAGCGGCAAUGCGACCUCGGAACAACGACCCCGGUGGCCAGGACCAUUUCGACCAGGAACUACCCGCCCGCACCCAAGCCGUCGUUCGAGGUCCUGGACCCGGAGCGGACCAGUUCCAACCAGGGCUAGACGAGAAGGAAUACGUCCUGGACCUCAAUAACCUGAGCAAUGAUAAUAUUGUGGAGCAGCUUCAGCAUCUCGCAUCCGCUCUCAGCACGUGCGGUUUCGAUGGUCAGCUUCAGAAGCUCCGCCUUCAUCACGUGACCAACCGUUCAGUCACGUGCAAUGACGGUUCGCCGGCAGGGUAUUAUCUUCGAAAGUCUUACGAGAGCAAAAAGUGGCUCAUCUUUCUUGAAGGUGGAUUUUAUUGUUUCGAUACCGAAAGCUGCCGAAAUCGAUACAAUCAAUCGAUCAACCAAAUGAGCUCAAGAGCAUGGCCACAAACGAAGACAGGGUCAGGUGUAAUGUCGGCCGAUCCUGAAGAAAACCCAAUCUGGUGGAAGUCAAAUGUCGUUUUCAUCCCAUAUUGUUCGAGUGAUGUCUGGACGGGAAGGUCUUUAGCCUCUGAAACAGGUACUUAUUCUUUCAUGGGAGCUGACAUCUUACAACAAGUCCUCACCGAUCUUUUAUCAGAAGGUCUCAUGGAUGCCAAGCAGCUGGUAUUGGCAGGAAGCAGUGCAGGUGGCACAGGCGUGCUUCUAAAUCUCGACCGGGUGGCUUCCAUGAUGGACGAAGCAGGAAGCACAGCAAAGGUGGUUGGUCUAGCGGAUUCUGGAUGGUUCCUUGACACAGAGCCCUUGGGCAAUACUCAAGCAGAUUGUAUCCUGGACCUCUACUGCAACCCAGCGAGGACACUACAAAGAGGCACCAAAUUAUGGAAUAGUUUAGUUCCGGAAACGUGUCUGAAUUCAUACACGGAGAAAUGGAAGUGUUUCUACGGUUUUAGGAUACAUCAAUCUCUUAAAACUCCAGUUUAUAUAUUCCAGUGGCUUUAUGACGAAGUGCAGCUUACGAUCAACAUGCAAGGCCCUCCGAUCGAGGCAAGACAUUGGCAUUACAUGCAGAAGGUCGGACGGCAGAUGCGAGGCUCCCUGAGAAAUGCAACGACUGUAUUUGCUCCAGCAUGUUAUGCGCACAAUGUGCUGAGAAGAAGUGAUUGGAGUAAUAUUAAAGUACGAGAUGUCAAGCUGUAUAAAAGCCUACAAUGCUGGUUAAAAGGCCAAGAAGAACCGAGACAAUCACCUUCAAACAGUAACAGGCAACCGGGAAGACAAAAUCAACAAGCAGUAAGUUCAACGGUGAUACCACCCCGAGAAGGUUCGAGGCGAUAUGAAACGCCAUCAAGUCAAACCGCCGAUGUUGAUGUCGACGGGGUUGUCGAAAACAUGGAUGAGAGGACGACGUCGAGGAUAACGACAACGGAUUCGACAACAGUCACAUCAAAGAAGAAACGAACGCGGCGACGAAACAAGAAAGGAAGACGGCAUCGCCGACCACGCACCACCAGCAUCCCAAGACAACUCAUAGAGGAUGUCCCGGUGUCGAGCACGGAAGCGAGCUCGUCAUCGAACCGCGAAGACGGGCGAGAGCGUCGAAGAGGAGGGCGAGGCGGACGAGGAAAGCGCGACGGUCGAGGGAAUAUCGACUUUGUGGAUAGAUUAAGCAGACUGGGAACUGGCGGGCUAGACGAAGGGGAGGCAGGAGAGAGCCGGAGAGCGUCGGGGAAGAAGUGCGUCAACCGGCUGGUGGACCACGCGACUUGUCCGCAUUGUAAUCCAACUUGCCCCAAGAUGACGAAUCCAAGAACUGGUGAAGACAUGGAACUCCUCUCUUUUAUGCAACUCUUUGGUUUUAAAAUCAGCGCCCUGGCCGAGCAGCUAGGCAUCGAUGAGAGAACCCUAGCCCUGGUCGACCCCGAGGCAGGACUGCGAAUGAUCGCCGUCGCGUCAAAGAAGAAAGGCGGGAACUAGCAUCUAUUGUGUCUAUGCCGAGUUUGAAUGUCCGUCGCCGUUUUAAGGAACGAACGUUAAAGGGGAAUCCAGCCUUGGCGAUAAAAUGUUGUGUUGGGAAGGAGAAAAAUAAAUUAAAAAGAAUGGUGAAAGUUUGAAAGAAAUCGGACAAGCAAUAAGAAAGUUAUAGCUGCUUUAAAAUUGAGAUCACUAAAAGUAUGCAGAUUUCAAAUUGGCAACUGGGUAAGUAAAUUAUGACAAGGGGCAAGGACAACUUUCCCAUAGGCCAUGUACUUUAUUAUCAGGGAUUUGUGGUUUUCUCCUAAGUACCCAUUCCCCUGGGGCAGUAAUCUAAAAUAUAACCCAGGUAGUAUAUUGUUUAAUGUCCUCAUGAAAGAAAAAUAUAAUUUGAAAUAAAACUUUUGGGAAAAAUGACAUUUUAGCCAUAAUAUGUAUUGGAGUACAUGGAAGAGUAGUCCUUGCCUUACAUCACUAUGACACCACAUAUGCGGCCAAUUUGAAGUCUCCAUGAGUAUAGUGAUUACCAAUAUUUACAACUUUAAAAAUUCAUAACUUUCUUGUUGUUUGUCCAAUAUUGUUCAAACUUUCACUUAUCAACUUGUCUGAUUUUUCUUUUUCUUAUAAAAACAUGUUUUUAUUUGGGUUGGAUUCCCCUUUAAAAUAUUUCUUCCUGGUUUCUAAAUGUUUCAAAAUAAAGACAUCCCCUAUGGAGGUACAUAUAUUGAUCCUAAGGAUCUUAAUUAAAAAGGGAAAAUGUAUUUCAAAUCAUGCAGACGAUAGUGCUUUUUCACUGAUACUUUAAAGGGGAAUCCAACCCAAAUAAAAACUUGUUUUUAUAAGGAAAAGAAAAAUCAGACAAGUUGAUAGGUGAAAGUUUGAACAAUAUUGGACAAACAACAAGAAAGUUAUGAAUUUUUAAAAGUUCUAAAUAUCGGUAAUCACUAUACCCAUGUGGACUUCAAAUUGGCCGCAUAUGGUAUGUUAUAGUGAUGUAAGGCAAGGACUACUCUUCCAUGUACUCCAAUACAUAUUAUGGCUAAAAUGUCAUUUUCCCCAAAAGUUUUAUUUCAAAUUAUAUUUUUCUUUCAUAAGGACAUAAAACAAUAUACUACCUGGGUUAUAUUUAGAUUACGGCCCCAGGGGAACUGGUACUUAGGAGAAAACCACAAAUCCCUGAUAAUAAAGUACAUGGCCUAUGGGAAAGUUGUCCUUGCCCCUUGUCAUAAUUUACUUACUCAGUUGCCAAUUUGAAAUCUACAUAGUAUUAGUGAUCUCAAUUUUAAAGCAGCUAUAACUUUCUUAUUGCUUGUCCGAUUUCUUUCGAACUUUCAUCAUUCUGUUUAAUUUAUUUUUCUCCUUCCCAACACAACAUUUUAUGGCCAAGGCUGGAUUCCCCUUUAACACAAAAAAGUUCAGCCCGCCCGUACACUACACGAUCUGACUCUGAGUUUUGUUUAACGAAUCGCAUUUUGGGGCAUUGAAAGUGUAAAAGUCCUAAGAAGUAAAAUAAAGUGAAAUACAUUCUGAAGUUCUGCACAAUUCUAGGAGUAUUAAACUCUUCGUUCUGUUCUGCUACAACAGGCCUUGUGGUCAGAGUAAGUUACACAUCGGUUCAAGUCGCAGACCUGUUUAAUUAUUUUAUAUACAACGCUGUUCACUAAAUUAUAAAUUAACAUUACAGUAGUUCUUUAAAUGGUCAAAUAAGUGUUUAAUAUCUUAAACAACAAAGUUUAAUUAUUGAUACUUAAUAUUCAAUAAAUCAAGCAUGGCUGUUUAAACUAUUAAACAACUACUGUAAGGUUCAUAUAGUAAACGUUGUUGUAUAAAAUCUUAAACAGCGUUUUUAUGUGUAUAUAGUCAUCAUUCGUGGAAAUGAGUCGUCACAAAAAUGGGGUCUCCGUAUCUAAGCGCUUUACAGAUCCAGUAUUAAUCUAAAAUGAUUUGCAAUAUAAAGAGCCCUCCUAAAAAUGUCAAAUUUUCGCAGCUUAGUAAUUUUCAUGUUUACUUCUUUUCUUUUUUAUUGACAAUAAUAAAUGUUCGUUUUAGAAACCAGGUUAGAAUUGUUCCAGUGAAAAUACCUUUAUACUCAUGUAACAUAAUGAUGAAUUAUAGAUUCGGGUAUAUUCUUAAAUUUGAAUUUUUCUAUAAUAAUAUUUUGUACACAAUACUCCAUUUUUGUAUAAAGUUGUAAAGCUUUUAUUUUAUGAAUGUGUAUUCAGUGAGUAUUUACAGCAUAAUUAUGUUGUAUAUUAUGUCAUUAAGGAGGUAUGAUGUUUUUUGUAUUCAGUAAUUAUUUCAACAAUUUAAAAUACCUGCACUACUUUGACAGGGACAUCCUACUUGACACAACCCAACACUGACUUAUUCUUACACGAUAUUGUUAGAACGAUAUAUUAUAAAAUGUAACAUUUCCCCUGUAAGAGUACCAAAGUGUGACGUCAUCAGUUUUUUGCAUUUCGGCGUUUUUGUACCAUAUUUUGGUAGAGCAUGAUGAAAGAAACACACAACCCGAAUUCGUUGAGAAUCGAUCCAUGGGCCCCCAAAGAUAUGACCUCAUGAAUACAUAAGUAGCCCCAUUGAAGUCGAUGUAGGCCUGGUCUAAAAGUUAGGAACCAGGCCAAUAAUACAUUGACUUCGAUGGGGCUAUUAUGUAUUCGUGAGGUCAUAUCUCGGGCCCCCAUGGACCAAUUCUCACAAAAUUCUGGUAGUGAGGUUUUUUUUUCACCAUCUACCAAAAUAUGGUAUCAAAAACGCUGAAAUGCAAAAAAAAAAGGGGGGGUUGUGACGUCAUCACUUCGGUAUUCAAUUUAGAUUUGAAGUCUUGAUGAAUACUUGAACUACAUUAUUGCGUUAGAAUAAAACGAAAUAUGUUUUAUACAUAUAUAUAUGUAUAUCUUAACAUAUAGACUCUUCAUUUUGAAAUUUCAUAAUUCAUAUUCCGCGUGCUUACGGAUAUCUGGUACAACUCAAAUGCUGAAUGAACAUUGAAAAGACAAUUGUCAUACUACCAUACUUUCAACAUAUGGUAAAAUCUUCAGAAGCGACAAAGCAUUAACUCAUUGAAACCAUGACUUUAUCAGGGUCCACGGGAGGGGGGGGGGUGGGCUGCUACGUGGGCUUCAGCCCCCCCCCCCAAAAAAAAAAAAAUAAUAAUAAUAAAUAAAUAAAUAAAAAAAAUCUUUCCAAAUCGUGUAUGACCAUCUGAUUUUGAUUUUUUGCAUGGUCAGCCCCUCCCCCACCGCACUUUCAAAACCGUUCCGCGGCCCCUGCCUAUUACAAAUCGACAGAGCACGGACGGGACUUGUUGCAGUCACAUUUCUCCUACUGCGGCCGUACGGCGAGUCGAAAACGGCCGUUCCAUUCAUUUUUAUUCAAAUCGCCUGUGCAUUUCGACGUAGGGGAAAUGAGACUGCCCCUGUUAAUCCAAUCAUGACCGCCGGUACUCCGUUUUCUUUCUCCGUGAAUAAAGGUUAUCGAUUAAAACCUUAAAGCUUGUCCUAUAUCAUGUAUAUAUAGGAUUGCUAUAAUCAUAGCAACGACCAAUAUUGAAGUAUGAAUUCAAUCCGUAAUAUGUUUUCAUACCUAACAGGUGAAUAAGAUACCAAGGAUACCUAAAAUGCUUUAGCAUGACUGAUCGGGUGUCAGUUGCAUAAUUUCACCCCCCCCCCCCAAAAAAAAAAAAAAAAAAAAAUCAACAUGAUCGCAGUUUCAGAAGUUAUGCGCAUCUGAACAACGAAAGCAUCAGUACGAAAAUAGGGGCUCCUGACCAUAUUUGAACGCAUUUUUUGUAAUUAUUUAAAGGAAUGGAAUCAGUGGACAUUAGUGAACACAUUUAGGAAGAUAAUAAUUGUGUCAAUAAGAAGAUUGACAAGGGUCUAGUGCUCAUUUUCACCCAUGGAUUCAAAAUCAAUGUAACAAAUUUGAAAAAUUACUGCAGAAUUUGAUACAUAAAAAAUAUACCAAGUAUAUCGCAUUUUCACUUCUUUCAAAAAACGCGAAGAAGUAUGUCAUGAAUAUUGGACCUUUAAAGAACGCAGAUCUGAUUGAAAGUCAAAAUUGCAAAGUAUUUUGAGAAUACGUUGCUUAUUUGGCUUCCACCCCUCCCGUCUGCUGGGUUAAACUACCUCGUUCUGUUUCAGAGAGGGCUGCAGGAGCGGUGGAGGCGAUGGGAGGGCAUGAAUAAUUGUAGGGCAUUCGUUUUUGUUGUGUUAACAUUGAGAAUAGUAAAUGUGGGGGGGGGGGGCUAUGUGUAGGGAAGUAAAAGCGAUUGAAGUGGACAAACUAUAAAUUUCGUAGUAGGGUCCAUGUUGAACCGAACGUGUUAUGAUCAAACAGCACUAGUGUGAACUGGUGCCAGGCGUCCGUCAUAAAGGGGGAAGGGACGUUGCCCUCUGUAUUUCAAUGCAACAGAAGAUAAAGAAUACCUGUCAGGUAGAUUCAGGUAAAAAGCACACUGUAUGCGCUUGAUCAUUAAUUCUUUGAUCAUUAAAAUAUGAGCAUGCGCAACUCACUUUCUAUCUAAAUUUACCGUUUUUUGUUCUUUCAAUUCGCAGUUUAUGGUAGGCAGCGAAUUUCAUUUCUUUCUUUUUUUUUCUUCAGUUUGAAUAUUUUAUUGAUAACGACAUUAGGCUGAAUAAAAAAAUGUACAUGACAUCGAAGAGAUAUUUUAUAAAAUAAUGUGUAAAUAAAGUUUGGGAAUACUAAUUA